AAGAGAAAAACAAGUAGGAAACUCCACCCCACCCUAAUCUACACUCCCCUUUCCAUUUCCUUCCGGCCUGGGCCUGCGGCGCUUUUUGCCACCCAUCCAUCACCGGUUAUAUAUAAUCCUCCAUCCAAAUCCGAGGCCGCACACAGAAAGAAAGUCCCUAUAUUUCACGCUCCAUUCACAAUGUCACAGUUACAGGCCAUUGCUUCUUCUUGUUCCUCCGCCAACCUCAUCCUCUUCAAUGGCCCCAAGCGAGAACCAUUCUUAAAUCCUGAUAAAGUAUGCGGCUCAAGGAAGUUGUCUUCAUUCCAAGAGUUGGGGGGGAAAGCAAUUGUUUAUAGCACUGGAAAUCUUACAAAAGCUCGCCAUGGUCAAGCCAUUCGAGCAGUUUUGACUAGUGAAAUGGAGACAGAACCCUCUUCUGCAAAUGGGAAUGUCUUGCGCAAAAAAUUAAAUAAAGUGGUUCUAGCCUAUAGUGGUGGCUUAGAUACCUCGGUCAUUGUGCCAUGGCUAAGGGAGAACUAUGGCUGUGAUGUUGUUUGCUUUACCGCAGAUGUUGGUCAGGGCCUCGUUGAAUUGGAAGGUUUAGAGGAAAAGGCAAAAGCAAGUGGGGCUUGUCAAUUAGUUGUGAAGGAUUUGAAGGAGGAAUUUGUGCGAGACUACAUAUUCCCUUGUCUGCGAGCUGGUGCAAUUUAUGAAAGAAAGUACUUGCUGGGGACCUCAAUGGCCCGCCCUGUUAUUGCAAAGGCCAUGGUUGAUGUCGCUAGGGAAGUUGGGGCUGAUGCUGUCUCUCAUGGAUGCACUGGGAAGGGAAACGAUCAAGUCCGGUUUGAGCUCACCUUUUUCGCUCUAAAUCCUGAACUCAAUGUUGUAGCUCCCUGGAGGGAGUGGGAAAUCACAGGGAGAGAAGAUGCUAUUGAAUAUGCUAAAAUUCAUAAUGUGCCUGUCCCUGUGACAAAGAAAUCCAUCUACAGCCGCGACAGGAACCUAUGGCAUCUCAGUCAUGAGGGAGACAUUUUGGAAGACCCAGCAAACGAACCAAAUAAUGAUAUGUACAUGAUGUCUGUCAACCCGGAAGAUGCACCAGACCAACCUGAAUACGUAGAAAUUGGGAUAGUUUCAGGACUUCCCGUAUCAAUCAAUGGAAAGAAGCUCUCCCCGGCAUCUCUCCUCUCCGAGAUGAACAAAAUUGGCGGAAAUCACGGAAUUGGGCGCGUCGACAUGGUCGAGAACCGGCUUGUCGGAAUGAAGAGCCGUGGAGUUUAUGAAACUCCUGGGGGGACUAUCCUCUUCACUGCUGUCCGCGAGCUCGAGUCUCUGACCCUUGAUCGUGAAACCAUACAAGUUAAAGACUCUCUGGCGCUCAAAUACGCCGAGCUGGUGUAUGCAGGGAGGUGGUUCGAUCCACUUCGCGAAUCCAUGGACGCGUUCAUGGAGAAGAUCACGGAUACUACCACCGGAUCAGUGAGACUCAAACUUUUCAAAGGCUCGGUUACUGUAACUGGCCGGAGGAGCCCCAACAGCCUGUACCGGCAAGAUAUCUCCUCGUUCGAGAGCGGGAGCAUCUAUGACCAGGCUGAUGCUGCUGGAUUCAUUCGGCUCUAUGGACUUCCGACGAGGGUUCGAGCAAUGCUGGGGAAUUGAGAUGGAAAAGUUUUCUGGGCGGAUGAUGCAUGGAACAUUAUUAUAGAGUUUGGCUCUUAAGUUCAUAUAUGACUUUUGUAGUCUUUGUCCGUUCUACAGUAUUUAUUAAAACUGGGGAUACUGUAAUCUGGGUUAGAUCUCUAGUUUUGUUCGUAAAUAGUUGCUCUUUUAUUUAUUUUAUAAAGCUUGGUAAUUAUUUCCUCAGGCAUUUUCAAUCAAUGUUGCCGGUUCUUCUUUUGCUUCCCU